AUGCAGAUCCAGUACGAAUUUGAAUCUGCGACACUCAUUGGAUCCAGAGAUGACCUUACGAGCAAUCAUCAGCGCGAAACAAUAUUUCCUUUCAUUCAAACUUGUCUUGCUGUUGGCUUUACAUUCAUACCUUAUAUUGGUUACGAAGCUGCAAAUGACACGAUUUCGAUGAAAGAAUUUGAUCCUGAGUUGGGUAGAUCUGAACCUUAUCUUGUUUAUGAAAUCACAGACCCGAAGAAUAUUGGUUAUUGUCUCUUUCGUGUGGGUUCUGUCAAAUGGAAUUCCUUGGAUCAGAUGCACGCGCCGCGUAUGACACCUUUAUCGGCAAAUGUCUUUUUUGCUGGAGGACGUCAUGCCAGCGAAACAGGAAGAACUAUGACACCUUAUCAGAAUUAUGAUGGGUGUCUUGACAAAUUUAGAGUCAUUGAUGCUGAUAUACUAGGCGAUACUUGGCCACAUGAAAUUUGGAUGGUACUCGUUGGAGAUACUUAUGAUCUCUUGUCGAAUCAUCCCCAAGGUUCGCAUUUCCUUUCCACUGAACUUCAUUAA